CAAAUAAAACCAAUAUCAAAACCAGAUUCUGGAAGACCCCAUGAGUCCACAGGCUGAGGUAACAGACUGCAACACAGAGACAAGUCUUAACAAGUACCAGAAUCUAUGACCUUAGUACAGACAUAAUAAAGUGAACGUGAGUUGCUCUGAUCUUACAUCAUGUCACAUCAUUUAGAUCAUCACAAUCAUCUAGACUUGUUGAGACAUGAUUCUUUGCUACACUUUCUUUCUAAAUGGAUGGGUAAUAAAGAUGUAAGAACUCAACAAACACAGUUAAUCUCUUAAUGUGUGAUUUUAUGACAGUACGUAAAGUACAGACACUGUAUUUAUAUUCACAGACAUUAUUCCUAACCUCACCAAUGUACGAUGGAGGACAAACAUGUUCUCUGUUUGACUGAACCUUUAAAACGUUCUCCCUUAAAAGCACCUGAACACAGCAAAGUUGGAAGAACGACUUAUUAACUUGAGAAACAGGAGCAUCUGCUGAGCACAUGAACGCAACAUCAGACGAGGUCAUGGAAACCAGCAGAGAUCAAAUAAAGAAAUAACAGGAACAUCAAACUAAUUGAAAAAUGACGACACAAAGACGAACUGUCACUGAGGAACUAAAUACACAAAGGACAGGAAGGACAACGAGAGGCAGGUGCAACUAAUUAUAACAGGACAAACAAUCCCACAUGGGAAACAAACAGGCAGGAAAUGAAGUAAUGAGAGGUGAGAAUAUCAAAAUAAAACAGGAAAGAAUUGAUGAACCAAACAAUGAAAAACAGUCUAACGAGCAGGACGACAUGACACAAAGUCCAGGUGUCGUGACCUGUAACUCCUGGACUCAUGUAAUUUCAGAGUCUGUGUGUGUUUAAUGAAAAAAUAAAAAAUCACAUCCUCAGGAAAGGUAAAGAGGACAGGGUCACGAACGUGUGACAUUUGAGGUGUUAAAAAGAAGAAAGUCAGAAAGCUGACACAUCCUGCACAAACAAACUCUUCACACAUUUAGACCUGGAGAUUAUCAUUACAGCAGGAAACUGUGGCCGGUGAUGACACAAUCAGUCGAACAGUGCGAUGCAGCCCCCCCCACAGACUGACUGACAGUUUAUCUAUCAGCAGCGAAGACGAAGCAUGGAGAUUACAACACUGUGCGCUGUAGUUGCGACUCUGAGAGUCCUCCCCAACAGAUCCCAGUUCUUCAUGUACGAGUCUGUCUCUCUGAGCUGUGAACAUCAGGGGAACUCUUCAGAGUGGAGAGUAAAGAGGAACACAUCCACAGGAAUAAAUGAAGACUGUCCCACAUCCUGGGGUACAAGACAUGAAACCCACUGCUCCACUGAUGUUUACCCAAUGGAAACUGGAGUGUACUGGUGUGAGUCUGAAGCAGGAGAGUGCAGCAGCACCAUCAACAUCACUGUAACAGGUGGUUCAGUGAUCCUGGAGAGUCCUGUUCUUCCUGUGAUGGAGGGAGACAAUGUGACUCUGAGUUGUACAUAUGUGACAAAUUCCUUCUCCAAUAUCACCUCUUAUUUCUACAAAGACGAGCUUUUCAUUGGCAGCAGCUCCACAGGAAACCUGACCAUCCACAGUGUUUCUAAAUCUGAUGAAGGAUUCUACAAGUGUAAGAUCUCUGGAGGUGAACAAUCACCAGACAGCUGGCUGACUGUCAGAG